UCCCUGUUCAAUCUCACGCACACGCGUGGCGAACCGUGAGCCCUCCAGGUGCGAGAAUGCCGUCUGCUUUCUUUUUCGGAAGAAGUGGUAGCAGACGAGAGCACUUUCCUUCCUCCGAACUUGGAGAAGGUCAGUGGAAUUACUUCCUCGGCGAUGGCGGAGAGAAGGAGUUCGUUCGGCUUUCCUUUUUCGUGUCGAGCGGCGAAAGUGACUUGAGGAAGACAAUGGCAGAUCAGUCGUGCAGCAAUGGGCAACGCGGCCAGCAGGCUCUGGGAGCUCCAGUUGCCCUACAACUGCUACGAGACCUUGCACACAUGGACGCCGACCUGUUCCCUGGCGUGGGUGGACCUCUUCGAGAAUGUGUUCAAAACGUGCCUACCGCUCAAUGUCACCCUCAAUCUGACCGGAGUGGCGAUGUCACAAAACUGGAAAGCAGUGCCCCGUGCGGUGCUUCUGGGGACUCGUUCUUCGCUGUCCGUCGCCUACUGCCUCUUCUUUUCAAUUGCACUCAGCUGCACUCUAAGAGAACUCACUGGUAGCUACUCCAUAGUGCCCCAGCUCGGCUCUGCCUUCCUGGGCUGCUACAUGGGCAUCCUCUACGAAGACCCCAAAAGGCAUCGGGCCCUGUUGGUCUACAUGUUGAACUUGACCAGCGAAACGAUAUUCAGGUUGCUUCAAGACUCUGGCAGGUUCCAGGGAUUCUCUCAAGGCCAGACCCUUCUGUUCGCGCUUAGCUUGGCUGGAUACAUCUAUCUCUGCAAAAACUAUGGACUCAAACGGGACCCAGUGAAAAGAGGCCUCAGAAUCCUCUUAGGUGAUCCUGAACUUCGCGACAGGGAAGUCACUACUCAACAACACCUCUGCAAUAACCACUCCUGCCUCUACACGUCGUUAAGUCGGUUCCUGGUAUGGAGCAUCAUAGCCUGCAUCGGAAGCUCCGCACUGCGGAGUGGCACCGCUUUACUCCGCGGCAGACGAGUACCUCGGCCCAUCGUCCAGGGGACGUCGUUGCAGCUAGGACUCUUUGUUGGAGCCAUGUCGGGGCUUUACAACAUUACCCGUUGUGCCUUGAAGAGGUGGUCGAGUACAGGUGAAGAGGAAGCAUGGCACAGUGCGGCCGCUGGAUUCGUUGGAGGACUCGCGAUGGCCGUGUGGCCCAGCCAGCGUGCGGCGGUCUAUCUUCUGUGGAAGUGUCUCGAGGGUGGAUACCUCGUCGGUCUCGAAAGAGGAAAGCUACCAGGCUCCCAGAAUGCAACUCCCGUUCUCUUCGCCGCAUGUUGCGCCUUACUGUUCGGAGCCGGAGCCCUGAAGCCCCAGGCAAUCAGGCCGUCGUAUCUCGCUUUUAUUGACCGCAUUGCAGGACACAGACUGAACGCAGUCAACUGGGCAGUCAUCCGAAGUCUUGGGUACGAGACUCCGGAACUCUUUCCGGACACAGAGAGCCCAGCCCUUGAUCCCAGGUUCCUCACCAAGCAAUACAAGGAGAACUUUUGGGUUUGGGGCAGAGCGUAAAUUAUUUAUGUCGAAAAUAUACAUUACACGAACAAUCGAACAGCAAUAUUUUAUUCAUUGUCGGAGACAUACAAUAUUAACAUGAGUAUAGUAAUGAUUGUAGUCGCAGCUUUCGCAGGACAUCACC